AUGGUUUCAGAUCGUGAUCCAAGGUUCACCUCAAACUUUUGGAAGGCGAUGAAUGAUGCUAUGGGUAGUUGGGACAAGCAUCUACUGUUAGCGGAAUUUGCCUACAACAACAGUUAUCAUUCAAGUAUUCAUAUGGCUCCAUAUGAGGCGUUGUAUGGUAGAAAGUGUAGAUCUCCACUUUGUUGGACCGAGUUGAGUGAAAGAAGCAUUAUAGGUCCAGACAUUGUUGACCAAACCACUCAAAAAAUUGAGAUGAUCCGACAAAAAUUAUUGACUGCUCAGAGUCGGCAGAAGAGCUAUGCAGAUAGGCGACGAAGACCUUUGACUUUUGAGGUAGGCGACCAUGUGUUUUUGAAAGUAUCACCAAUGACAGGCAUUGGAGGAGUUCAUGAUGUAUUUCAUGUCUCUCAAUUAAAGAAAUAUCAACCCGAUCCGUCUCAUAUAAUUGAACCUGAAGAGGUUGAGCUAAAGGAGAACAUGACAUAUCGAGUAGAACCAAAAAGAAUUGUGGAUGUAAGGGAGAAGCAAUUGAGAAAUAAGACCAUUCGCUUGAAGGUAUUCUGGAAAGGAAUGGCCCCUGGUAAUGCAACCUGGGAAACUGAGGAGAAGAUGAAACAUUCAUAUCCUCAUUUGUUUGAGCAAG